UCAUGGCAUUGACUGUAAUGCUGUGACCAAGAUAUCCUAUCACGCACAAUCAGCCUUGAAUAGAUCACGUGCCACAAUUGAUCCCCUAUCACGUGCUCCCCCAAAGGACUUCAGCAUAGCCCAUGAUGGCCGGUCAUCCCCCCAACUGGGAUCCGACCAGUUAUGGUGCGAGUGGUCUCAAAGCAGAUGAAGGACGCAUCCAAAUAGGCUCUCUGGAAGGAUUCCAAACAGCAGAUCCAAAUAACCUCGCCCACGGCCAUGUUUAUCCUUCACAUACUGGGCAUCCUGGGAAUCAGUUUGAUUUGCAUGGCCAGUUUCCGGAAGGUAGUGCCCAGGACCAUGGGCGAUACUAUGGAAAUCUCCAUGGUUUUGGCGGUGCGAACACAAACGGAGGUGGUAUCCAUGGCCAUGGCCAGUUCGAGCACCCAUACGAAGGUCCUUUCAAUGUCGACACAGGAUAUGAACCUGGAUUCUCGAAUAGGGAAGUCCACAGUCAGUUCAUAACUGAACAGCCGAGUCGAACUCAUAGCCAUACGCCGAGUGCUUUCAGUUCUCAGCCAUGGCAAGGACCUCAAAUUCAACAGUUCCAAUCCGGAUUCGACCUGAAUCCCGUUAAUUAUGGUCAUCGCAAUGGCGAACCGACGUACCAACAGCAUGUGAGCUCUUACCAAGGAAAUAAUUUCUUUAAUCAGGAGGUAUUCAGCGCCAGGAAUGGACCAACAGGCUUCAGAUCGCAGCCUCAACCUGUGCUUCAGUCUUAUCCGGGCCAUCAACCGGGAGGUGCGACUAUUAUGCAGUUCCAGCCUGACCCGAGUGCAGGUGUGCAAGAAACUUCCGGUCAGAUUUACGCACGGCAUCAACAGAUGCAAGGUAUUGUUCCAACACCUAAGGCACACCCCGCACCCGCACCCGCAACCGUAGCUGCCAACAGUGUACAGGCGGCGCCAGUUGUGGGGCCAACGCUUUCAAAUGAACUAGUUGUUGCUACGGAACCCGACAACUCUUGGGUAAACCCUGACGGUUGCCCUUUCCUUCUUGUGCGAAAUCCGCCGCCUACAAAAACAGGCAGAUAUUGCGACGUGAACCUACGAAACACAGAUAAACCAUACAUUGCUAAACACGACCCGCGCACCUUCACUCUCUUACCUCAACGUGAGAGUCGACUUCCCUGUGAAAUUCAAGCAGAGCUUGACAUAUUAAAAGAAGAACACGCUAAGGCCCUUCAACCCAAGAAAGACAAACUGCAAAAUCGGAUAACCGAACUGGAAAACGAGCCUGUUAUUGUGUCUGGAUCUAAAGACCUCAUACCUGGUGCACAAGUAAAAGUCAAAGCCAGCUCGAAACGUCAAGCAUCCAACAUGGAUCCUGCUUCAAAGCCUAAAAGCUUGGAGAAUGUGCCUGAAGAUGAAGAGAGCGCGACAGACACCGCAGCACGAACGAUCAAGUCAACUCCUCGGCCAAGCAAUGCUCUUAAGGCCAUAGAGUAUGAUAUUAUCAACAUUCUCUGGCGCGAUCCUAAGCAUCCUGAAUUUCCACAGAAGUUGGUCGGGGAGAAGGUCCAUGCCUUUGGCGACUACGUUAUAGACUUGUGGUCUAAGAGCAAAGACUUAAGGAGCAAAGUUGAUGAUGCUAAAAAGGAAGAUGAUCAGGAUAAAGCAAAAUCACUCAAAGCUGAUUUGGACACUACAUAUGACUCGAUCCGUGUCGCUAUUGAGGCCGCUAUCAUGUUUGGUGAUAGAUUCACCGUCACUCAACUGGGUAUACAUACCAAAUUCCUAGGCAACCUUUCCAUUAUACUCCGGACCCUCUUCAUAGCUGAAGAUUAUAACGGCCGCCUACCAAAGGCUAUCUUAAAACUCCUCUCACUAUUUGUUACGGUGGAAAUAGAGUUUUUGAAAGAGAGAGUCAAACUGGAUCGCGUCCGACAGAAGUUUAAGGACAAUCUCGAUGAAGAAUCCACCGAUUACAUGGAUCAGAUCUUUGACAAUGCUAAGAAGCGGUCUGCAUUGAAGGCUGAGGAGACUCGAGAGGACGUCAAGAAAAGCGACGAUGCUAGGAAAGCUAGUCAGGGUCCUAAGAAGUCAUCUUCGAUGAGCACCAAGGACCCUGUCAUAGCUCCUUCUAAUGCAUCGCUUUCGAAGAGUGAUGCUGUGUCGAAGAAGAAUAGCGCAGACAUCAAGAGACCUGUCGACUAUUCCAACCUUGGGUCGGCCAGAAAGGUUAGCAGUACAGCUACAAAAGCGAGCCCUUCUCUUACUGCUUCCAAGAGACCUGGGGAUGAUGGCGUCGAUUCGAGAGUCCCGAAGAAACUUGCCGUCGAGAAUGCUGCCGGUGCUCCGUCGAGUGCUAAGACAUCUAACGCAACUCCCGCAGUUCCCCAAAGUUCGUCAGCGAACGCACAGUCUCGCUCUAGGCCUAGCGGGUCAAUGCUCCCUGGCAGAUCACGACUGUCUACCAAGGCACAGCCGAAGAAGCCGGUUCCUCGACAAUCUGCCUCUUCCACAAUUGGUGGUCUCCUCGCCGAGAUCAAUUCGGAGGAGAAACCCAAGCAAGCCAAGGAACCGGAGAGAGCCCCAGAGACUCCAGAGGAGACUGAGAUCAGACUCCGUAAGGAGGCGAGACGAAAGCUGCAUGUUACUUGGAAACCGGAUAGUGAACUCACGGAGAUACGUAUCUUGGAGCACGAUACAGCAGAGGAUAAGGGCCGAGAUGAUAACAUGCUACGAGAUGCCCGAGACAACCGCUCUGAAGGUCAGGUGCUGAGAGAGUCAGUUCAACGGGAAAAGGAAGGGGUAGACGAGGCUGAGGAGGACGAAGCCCGAGAGAAAGCAAACGAUAUCGCCCUCCGAAAAUGGAGCGAGCCUGCCCCUUAUUCAUCUGUACAAGAGAGCCGUAUCUCUCAGAAGCGGCAAGAAGAAAUGUUUGCAUCUCGUGGUGGCUUGCGUCCAGUCGAGUCCAAGCAGAAUAAGGUGAUGGAAGAGUACGAAAGCCGGGAAUUAAUGGCUAUAUACACAAGCUUCUCGGAAAUUCCCGAGACGCCUAGAUCGCCAACCGGUAGGAUCGCCGAGACUGUAACGCAACCAAAGAUCCGAACUCUGCCAUCAGGCCCGACCCAGUGGCAUGAAUCUCUGCCGGCGACGAAUACCAAACAUGCAGAGAUUCACCGCCGUUGGUCCGACAAUAUACAUUUUGGACCCGAGGCGGCACGAGUCAAUGCCCUUCAUCGGGCGAGAGGCUCACCUAGUUCGACGGAUUCUACUAAUGUAGCGCGUAGUCGCAGUGGAUGGGAUGCUUCAAGUGGAAGAGAUGAUGCGUCAGAAGUGCUCGCCUUACUACAAUCGGACAAGGUCAAGAACUACGUGGAUCCAGACCCAUUCGACCCAGCGCACCCCAAGACUCACCGUCGGCAUGAUUAUGGGGAUCCUAAGGUUCAAGCAGACAUCGAUGCUUUGGAGGAUACGUUUGCAAUGUUCAUCAGUAAACAGGCCCCUCCCAGCCAGCCAGCCAUGCCCCAAGCAAGCGUUGGUCAACAAUACCAACAGCUGGCCCAGCCACAGUACGUUCAGGCACAACAGGUCCAGCCGCAGCCGCAACAGCAACUUCCACCAGAGUAUCUAGAAGCUCUUCAGAAAAUCAAUGCCCUCAGCGCCGGUCAGACUCUCCCGCCGAGCAUCCAGCCUCCUGUGGCCCCUUCUCCUCAGCCGAAUCCUGUUGCCCAACAGCCAUUCCUUGCCGCCUUACUUCAGCAGUCAGGCCCUCCACCUCAACCAGCUCAGCCGGCCAAUCCUUUGCAAGGUUUACAGGGGAUUUUAGAUGCCCUAAAGGUAGCCUCAGCACCGGCGUAUACUACCCCUCACGCGGCUCCCAAUGUCGUUCCCAAUGCUGCUUCCUACGCCGCGCCUCAGGGCUAUUGGCCAGACUGGUCUCAGGGCCAGGCCCAGCCUCAGAUUCAGCCCCAAACCAGCCAGGCAUAUACUGGCUAUGGUCAUAACAAUCAAUCUUUCGGCGGCCAAUCCCAGCACAAUCAACCGCAGGCAACGCAAAGUCAGCAUGAUAGUAAUGACCGCGGCAACCGCAGGGAUUUCCGAGGUAACAGGGAGCAAAAGAACAUCAACCGCUCCCUCAUCGGCACGAAACCAUGCUCAUUCUGGGCGAAGGGUCAGUGUGCCAAGGGCAGCAAUUGCACAUUUCGACACGACCCGAACGAUCUUCAGAACCAGGGUCCGAAUUAGUAUAACUAGUACCAGACCAGCCUGAAUCAAGACUCGACUUACGAAUACCACUCUUAAGUUAUAUCUGCGCUUUUUUCUUCAUUAUUGUACAAAAAAUCUGCAUUGCAAGGAGUUCGCCUCAAGGAAUAGGAGGCAUACGGCAUGAAAGGGGAUUCUUGCAUCGUACUCCCGUUGGUAGAUCGGGAUGUCAUUACAACCGGUCUCGUCGGCCAGUCUGAACUUAAUUCUUUUUCUCUUUUUCUACGAGCAAGCAGGCCAGUAGCAUAGGUUCUCUCACCGCAUACCUUGCCGGGCCUUGCGUUGAGUUACUAUGAUUUUUCUUUUCUUUUUUUUUAAAAAAAAAAAAAAAGGAAACCGCAUGAAAACCAGCAUUCUGACGUUGUCAGAUCCAUUUCAAGGAACGAGA